UGCUGGUUCAAAUUCACUCAAACUAUCAGGAGUGGAGACACAAUGGAGGAGAGCACGGCACAGACACAUUGCUGAAAGACUUAUGUGAACGUUGCGCACCCUGCAGCUUUAACCGGAUCGGAGAUUACAGUUUGGGCUUUGUUUCUGUUCUUUUUCUACUGUUUCUGCCAGUAAAAAAAAAAAAAGAUUGGAUUCGGACAUUGAGCUGCAUCACAUAAGAGGUCAUCAUGCCUCCCACAACCCCGUAUGCGGGAAAGUUCAACUCUUACAGCAACAACAACAACCACCCUCAGCCUCACAGCCCGUACCGCAACGGCACCGCCCCAAAGCCCGCGAAGGAAAACAUCUACAACGGUGCCUACACUUCCGCAGAGAACCCCUACGACAUACCGCAGCCUCACAGUUCGUACCGCAGCUCCUCUGUCUCCUCUGCGAACGCCAAGGAGCAUCACUACAACAGCAGCUGCGCGGUUUCGGAGAACCCGUACUCCUCGCCGCAGCCCCACAGCCCUCGGCAGCACAGCACUUCCUGCCCCGGACGUGCGUACCGUCACACCAGCAGCAGCAGCAGCAGCGAGCAGUCGUGUCGCAACAACUCUGUCACAGCGAAAGCAAAAGGCAGAAUUUACGGACACGGCAUCACUGCUAGCUAUGGGGAGAUGUGUUACCAUGACAACAGUUUGGUUUCAGCAUCCCUUGAGGCGCUGAUCCAGCACCUUGUUCCCACGGUCGACUACUACCCUGAUAGGUCGUAUGUGUUCACCUUCCUGCUAAGUUCACGCCUCUUCCUGCACCCGUACGAGCUCAUGACGAGGGUUUGUCACCUUUGUGUGGAGCAGCAGCGGUCCGGAGACGCCCUGCUGGAUAAGAUCCGUUUCCGUGAGGUUGCGCCUAAGCUGGUGCAGCUGCUGACCGAGUGGACGGAGACAUUUCCAUAUGACUUCAGGGACGAGAGGAUGAUGCGUUGCCUCAAGGACAUGACGCACCAUGUGGCUCGAGGGGACGAGUACUCUUGGCGAGCCAUGCAGCAGAUGACCCAGCGGCUGAUCAAGCGGCUCUCUGCCCUUGGCCAGUACGAGGAAGCCGUCGCCGCACUCAAUGCCGUGGCGUUGGAGCGGCCCGCUUCCCUGAAAAGCAAACAGGCCUCGGGCCAGCGAAGCGAUGUAAUGAGCGUGUGUGACGACCCCUUCAUCCUCGCCCAGCAGCUCACGCACAUUGAACUGGACAGACUGAGUUUUAUCGGUCCUGAGGAGUUCAUCCAGUCAUUCGCCAUGAAGGACCCUCUGGAGAACCAUAAGGGUUUCUUCCGGAAGCGUAAAACCAGUAACCUGGAGGCCUACAUCAACUGGUUCAACAGACUGAGUUACCUAGUGGCCACUGAGAUCUGUAUGCCAGUGAAGAAGAAACACCGAGCGCGGAUCAUAGAGUUCUUCAUUGAUGUGGCUCAGGAGUGUUUCAACAUCGGCAACUUCAACUCCCUCAUGGCCAUCAUCACUGGGAUGAACAUGAGUCCUGUUGCCAGACUGAGGAAAACCUGGAGUAAAGUCAACACCGACAAGUUUGAAAUCCUGGAGCACCAGAUGGAUCCAUCCAGUAACUUCAGCAACUACCGCACUGCGCUCCGUGGCGCCACCCAGAGGUCUGAGACUGCACACAGCAGCCAGGAGAAGAUUGUGAUUCCUUUCUUCAGUCUCCUCAUUAAAGACAUCUACUUCCUGAAUGAAGGCUGUGCCAGCAGGCUUCCCAACGGACACAUCAACUUUGAGAAACUGUGGGAGCUUGCAAAGCAGGUUAGCGAGUUCCUGGUUUGGCGUCAGGUGAUUUGUCCGUUUGACAGAGACCGCCGCAUUCUCCAGUACCUCGUCACCACGCCUGUCUUCAGUGAAGACGAGCUGCAUCUGGCCUCGUACGAGAGUGAAGGACCCGAGAACAACAUGGAGAAAGAUAGUCGUAGGUCUCUGAGAUCUUCCCUUCUGCAUCGAGAGAAUCGGUCCUAAGAGAAUGACGAUCCUCUCUGCUCUACAGACUGUAAAUGAACGAGGUGUUUUAAGGCUUCAGGUUCCUUUCCAUAUUAUCUUAUGGACACAUUUUUACAUUCCCAUUUGUCUACAUGACAACAAACUCAGCUGGGCCCAUAUUGUUACAGACAAACCGAAGAAUAUUUUACAAUUUGUGGGCAUUGAGCUUACAAGGAGCAUAAAUUAUUCAUUCAUCAGAUACUGUUAUAGUCCUUGAUGAGAUACAUCCAGUGCCAAAGGACCUCAAUGCUGCAGUUAUUGCCAUAACCCUCUGCCUCGAAAGCUGGUCUGAAAUCAUUUUCUAACCUAACAAUUCCCAAGACGAGCUCGGAUUUCUGAUUUGGAUCAUCAUCUUCAGCUCUGUCCAAGGCACACACGUAUGGAUUUAGUUUCUAUAUAUCCAGUGGACCUCAGUCAUGGCAACAACAGCCUCAUAUUGUGGAAAGACUCAUACUAUGGAAGCACGAUGGGGCUGGUUUUGUCUCUGAAUGAGACGACAUGGUCCCAGUUGGUUGUAUUGCAACAUAAGCACUGCUUCUCUGCGGAUAUCCUGGCUGAGUUCAGUCUUAAACCACAGAGAGAGGCGAGAGAUCCACUCUGAAAGGAAGAGCUGAUUAUCAUCGAUUUGUAUUAUAAAUAACAGGCUAACAACUGCUUUUAGAAGUGGUGUUGUCUGCACUGUUGUCUUGUUGAGUGCAUGAUUUGAGCAUCUUGAGCAGCAAGAAGGCACCACAUCCAGUCCAUUUGCUCUCAGUUUGCACACAGCACCAAUUUCCAGCUAUUACAGUCAUUCGAGCCUUUUAUCUAAUUUAGACCCAUAAUGCAAGUCAGUGCAUCAGCUACAUAUUUCCAAACACAUUUUAGACACACUGUUUUCAUCAAUCUUGCUGGUUGGUUGUAAACAUUUUGUGAUGUGUGCACUUUGACUGCGUUUUGGUGAUGCUAAAAUUUUGCGAGUGUCAGCUACAUCACGCUAAUCAUGCAAGUUAAAUCAAAAGCACUUCAGUGAGUUCUUGUGUAUUGUAUUAUAGGAUUUGGUGACUCCUAUUUUAAGGCGUCUUUCUAUACAGUAUUACGUUGUAUUUUGUAUCAGAAGGUAAAAAAAUAGCUUUUUUUUAUGUACUUUUUCUGAAGUUUCACAGUGAGCUUGUUGCUGGUUGGCUAGCUCUGCGUUGGUAAGCUAUUAUGUUAAUACAACACCAGUUUGUGUAUGACAAAGAAGUGUUUUUGGUUCUGAAUGAAGCAUAAACUGAUGUGUGUAUGUGCAACUUAAAUACAAACAGGAACCUCAUCCUCCUCUUCAUCUCAUCUGUGAUGGUGUGAGCAUGAUGUGAUCCUUUAAAGUCUGCCUGUGAGUGAACGUGAUGCUGUUUUUAUGUUUUAAAAAAGUGUUUUCUUAUGUAUGCUUUUUUCAAUCUUUUUUUGUGUAUCAUUUGUGUUACCGGUCAGGGUACUUGUACUGAAGGUCUUUGUGAAAAGAGAAUUAUAUUUUUUCUUUCAAAUAAACAGGAUAACUGAAUAA